CAGGUAACAGAGUGGGUGUGAGAGCAGUAAAAGCGACUGUCACAGGUAAUGAGGCCAUUACUGCUCUCGCCGUGACCGUGAGAGGAAGGUUUGUCAGCGGGACGGUAACCGUGGACACAACACCAGCGGCGCGAGCGGAACUACUCAGAGCUCACCUGUCCUCCUGCUCGUUGCUACCGGGGGUGACCUGCCACCAUGAUGAAGAAGAAGAGCACCAGUACCAGCUCAGAUCUGGCCGUCCUCAUUGAGAAACUGCAGAAGAAUGGAGAUAAAGUGGAGAAGAACAUCUAUGAUUCUGAACAGAACCUCAACAAGGAUGUGAGUAAGAUUAACGAGGGGAAGCAGCCUCUGUAUCAGGAAGACACCAGCAAGAGAAUCCAAAACUCUUUGGAACUACUGAAGAUCCUGGAUGAGGAUGCGGCUAAUGCCAAGCGCCUCCAGCACCCUCAGGCAGAGAUGAUUGCACAAGACAUGAUUCAGCUGCGUGAGAGAGUGAUGAAGCUGAAGGAGGAUCACGAGCGCAUCUACCGUCUGAGCCGCUCCGAAGGGAUGCCCAGCGUCAACUGGGGCAAUAUCAUAGAUGAGAAACUGGACAACCUGAACAAUAAGGGCUUUGGCCAGGAUCUGCCCACUGUGGAGACCGAGGUUGAGGAGCACAACAUCUUCCACAGUGAGGUGGAGGCUCUGGCUCCUCACAUUGCUGCUGGUGGAGACAAGGAGUACAUCAACAGCCUCCAAACAAGCUACAAAAAACUGCUGGCCAGCUCCACAGCUCGCCAGAAACACCUGCUGACCCUCAGGGACUACAUGCAGCGCUGCACCAACGAGCUGUACUGGAUGGACCAGCAGGCGGAGGAGAGGUCCAAUUACGACUGGAGCGACAUCAACCUGGACUACCCCGCCCGCCAGAGACAGUAUGAGAACUUUAUCAGUAAGUGUCUGGAGUCCAAGGAGGCCACCAUCACCAAGCUGAACGAUGAUGGACAGAAUCUGAUCGCUUCAGGCCACCCGGGGAAGAUGGUGAUCGAGGCUCAUAUGGAUGCUGUCCACGCUGACUGGAAGGAGUACCUGAAUCUGCUUAUCUGUGAAGAAAACCACCUCAAACACAUGGAUGAGUACCACAAGUAUCACAAGGAGGCCCGCGACACUCAGGAUCUGCUGAAGCGACUGGACACGGAGGUGACACAAAAGUACAACCCGGAGUUCAAAGAUGUUUACCAGAUGGACAGCCUGAUUGCAGAGCUGGAUGACCAGGCCAAAGCUAUGGAUCACUUUGAUGAGCGGGUCAAGGCUCUUCAGAAGCGCAGCCUUCAAGUGUUGCCCCUGAAGUACCGCCGGGAAACGCCACAGAAGCUGCUGCCGAUCGAAGCUCUGUGCGAGUUCGAGUCUGAUGAGGGCCCGAUUUUGCGUGGUGAGCAGUACACUCUUCUCCGGAAUAACGGGUCCAAAUGGGACGUGAAGGAUGCAGCAGGACGUAAACACACGGCUCCAGCCAUCUGCUUCAUGAUCCCGCCUACCGACCCGGAGGCAGUGGCCAUCUCUGACAACUUGGCCAGCCAACAAAAGGCUCUGAAACAGAGGAUGGCAGCCAGCAAGGCAACGCUGCAGAAACGGUGUGACGCGCUGAAGAUGGAAGGUGGUGCUAGCUCACCUACAGACAAGCAGGAGCAGCAGUGCCGCCAGCAGAUGGCAGGUCUGGACAAGGUCAUAAGUGACCUGGACAAACAGGAAAAAGCCAUUUAUGCUCGAGUGCGCCCUCCACUGGAGCAGAACCGGCCACUGCAGGACAGCGCUGACCGGCUGCAGGACAUGAAGGACAUCGCAGUAGCUGUCAGUAAGAUUCAACCAGAGAAGUCUUCUAAAGUGGAGGAGGCCAAGAAGUUCUUGGUGUCCAACCCGAGCUGUGCCAGUGCCUCUCAGCUAAACAGCAAGGUGGACGAGGCCAAUAAGAAGUACACCAGGGUCGAACAGCUUCUUCAGGCCUCGCAGGAGAAACUAAAGAACUCCAACCAGCUGGAGACUUCUCUCCAGAAUGGAAAGACGUUCCUGUCCACCUAUGAGAACAAGCUGGCCAGGGAGGAGGUGGCUCCAGCUGACCUCAUUUCCCUGGAGAAAACCCAGCGUGAACUUGCAGAUAUGGGUUCAGACCUGAGGUCACAGAAGUCUGUGAUAGCAGAGACAGAACAGAACCUGCGUGUGGCCAAGGGCAGCUGUGACAACAUGGCCAUCAAAUUUCAGGAGCACUGUCCUGAUAUUGAAAGGCAGGAAGCUGAUGUUCAGAAGCUCAACAAGCGCUACAACAACCUGACCAGGCAGAUCGACGCCAGAUCUCAAAACCUCCAGAGAGCCAAAAUGGCCUACAAGAACUACCGCAAUGAUUAUGACAACCUUAACAGCUGGCUGUCUCGUGUGCCAAAUUAUGAGCCCCGAGAAACCGAUGACAUGAGACAGGUGGAGACCAAGCUGAAGAACCAGAGGAACCUGCUCUCUGACAUCGCAAGGAAGGAGUCUGACUUAAACAACGUGUCUAAGAAUGCUCAGCUCUACCAGCAAGCAGUCAAAGACUACGAAAAUGAAACAGAGAAGUUUAGGUCUAUCCUGGACCUGGAGGAUGGACUCGUACCUCAGACCUACAAGAGGAGCAGACUGGAGUCACCAGCACUGGCAGUCAAAGCAGAGGAAGCUGCUAUUGAGGCAAAGUUUACGGAGGUGAAUGCCGUGAACAAGCAAAGACUGCAGAAUCUGGAAUUCGCCCAAAGUCUUCUCAGCCAGCAACCUGAGAUCCCAGUUCUCCAGUCCACCAGUGUGAAGUCAGUCCAUGCUGCAGCCCCUGGAGAGGAGCCAUGGAGACUCAAAAAGCAACUGGAUGAUGAGAUCCAGAGGAGGGAACAGCUGGAAAAAGAAAUUCAGACCAUUCAGACUGAGAUUUACGUCCUGGAGGGACAAAAGCCCCAGGACACUAUUCUCAAAAAGGAGCUCAUUAAAAAGGUCCCAGACCCUCAGCUGGAUGAGGACGUGCACAAGAUUCAGCAGAGGCUUUCAGAGGAGCGCCGCACUACCCUGGUACUGGAGAACGACAUGGAGGUUCUCAGGAUUAAACUGAGAGGCCUUGAGACGGAGAUGAAAGAAGGAGCACAGCAGUAUACAGUCAAGGAGGUGCUGCGUAUAGAAAGAGACCGGGGUCAGGAAGAAGAAAUUCGAAAACUUCGGGAUGAGCUGGAGGAGCUAAAAAGGCAGAAGAUGCUAAAAGACAACGAGCUUAUUCAGAUACAAAAGCAUGUGACUCUCCUGGCUGAGGAGAAGAACAAGGAGCAGGAGGUCAUCACCGAAGAGGAGGUGAUCAAAGUCCAGAAUGACCCUCAGCUUGAAUCAGAGUACCGAGUUCUUCUUGACAGGAAACAGAAAGAAACAGACAACAGGAAGCAGUUGGAAGAUGAGCUGCAGUUUCUUCAGGAGAAGCUCAAACGGCUGGAGAAGGAGAAAUCAAUGGCUGAGGAGAAAAUUUCCAUCAAGGAGGUGCUGAAGGUAGAGAAAGAUGUUACCUUUGAACGAGAAGUGGAAAACCUCAGGAGGCAGUUUGAAGAUGAGAAGGCUAAACGGAGAUCCUCCCAGCGGGAGAAAGCUGACCUCCAGAGAAAAAUCCAGAGCCUAGAGGAAGAGAAGUCCAAGGUUUUGAUUCAGGAAAAAGUGCGUGAGAUUGUCCGACCUGACCCCAAGGCUGAGAAUGAGGUGGCCAAUCUACGACUUGAGCUUGUAGAGCAACAGAGGCGCACCAGAGAUGCAGAGCUCCAGCUGAGAUCUCUGCAGGAUGAGCUGACCAUGCUGAAGAACAGGGGACCUCAAGUGGAAGUCAAAGAAACCAUCAAAGAAGUGAUCAAGUACAAGACAGAUCCACAAACAGAAAGAGAGCUGGAGAGACUUCGCAAUGAAAUAGUUGAUAAAACCCACCAGACUGAGAAGUUUGAGAUGGAAAUUCGUCAGCUUCGCAUUGAGAUUGACCGGUGGAGGGAGACCAAACCCCAAGUUCAGACCAAAGAGGUAGUCAACGAAGUGGUGCAGUACAGAGAAGAUCCCAAGACUAAGGAAGAGAUCGAGACUCUGAAAAGAAAGCUGGCUGAUGAGCAGAAGAAACGUCUUGAUCUUGAGGGAGAUCGCUCCAUCCAGGAGGAGAAGAUCAGACUGAAGAAGAUUGAUCUAUCUCAGGUUCGGGAGAAGAUCGUUCAGCAAGAGGUGGUCAAGAUGGAAGAAGAUCCUGUCCUCAAGUCAGAGUGCGAAACAUUUGUACAAAACAUCAGCAAUGAGCAAAAACAGAAGGAUAAUCUGAAGGCUGAACUCCAACAACUGCAGAGGCAGAUCGCUGACCUGGACCUGCAACUGGAGGAACUGGAGCGGGAGCGCAGGGCAAGGCGAGAUGCAGAACUGGAGAUCCAAAGGCUUCGCGUCAGACUCAAUGAGCUGGAGAUCCGUGACAAAGAGAACCGUGAGAGGGUGACUGUCAAACAGAAGGUAGUCCUGCAGCAGGAUCCUCAGCAGGAGAAAGAGUAUUCCAUCCUCAAACUGCAGCUCGAUGAGGAGAAGCACAAACGAACCCUGCUUGAGAAAGAAUUGAACAUUCUCAUUCAGCAGCAGCUCACCCUGGAGAAGAUGGAUGUGAAGGAAAGGGUUGUUCGCACUGAGAAGGUUCAAGUAGAAAGAGACCCAGAGGCCGAGCUUGAGAUCGAGAACCUAAGGAGAACUUUGGAAGAUGAGAAAAGGAGAAGAAAAGAACUUGACCAGGAACUGUCCAUCCUCACCUCCAAACUGUCUGAUAUGGAGUUUUCCAACACUAAGUCGACUAAAGAGCUUGAUUACAUUCGUGAUGAAAGCAACCGCCUACAGCAGGAGAACCAACGGCUACAAAACGAGAUUCGCAAGCUUCGGUCAGAAAUAGAGAUCACCAGCAAAGAAACUCGUCUGAUCACCGAGUCUGCACCAAUACAGGAUGGAAAGAACUUGGAGCUGAGACUUGACUCGCUUCAGAGGGAACUUUCAGAGCUAAGAGACGUAACGAGCCAGAAGGACGAGGAGAUUGAAAAGCUUAAGAAGAACCUGUCAGCGGUGAGAAUGAGGAGAGAACAACGAGAGAGCCAUCUCCGCAGGUCCAUUGUUGUCAUUGAUCCAGACACUGGAAGAGAGAUGAGGCCUGAAGAGGCAUACAAACAAGGGCUGAUCGACUGGAAGAUGUUUGUCAACCUGCAGGGCCAGGAGUGUGACUGGGAGGAGAUCACAGUCAAGGGUCCGAACGGAGAAUCAUCUGUGCUUCAUGACAGAAAGUCAGGGAAGAAGUUCUCCAUCGAUGAGGCCCUGCGUACGGGGAACAUCACAAGCCGCCAGCUCCAGCAGUAUGAAGAUAAAGAAAUAUCCAUCCAGGAGUUUGGUGUUCUGGUGUCGGGGAAAAAGAAGUGAACAUUGUUCAAAUUGUAUUUAUUUGCCUAUGCAUGUCCAGCUUUGAUCCACUAUCACUAAUGAGAUUAUGGUAAAACCACUGGGAGUUCUUCUCCAGCUUAGCUUUAAGUCCUUUCAGGUGGACAGCAUUUCUUCAUUUGGUCAUGUGAUUACGGGACGUUGAUGAUUUAUGGGUGUUUGCAGGGUUAGCUGAUGUGUGCUCGGAAAGCUUCAAUAAAUAUCAGUGAUUGUG